GGCCGGGCCUCGGGGGCUUUUGAGACAGGGAGGUUGAGUGGGACAUGGGCCGUUGCCAUGGAUAUGGUACUCCUCUCCGUUCCUUCCUUGCCGGAAGAGCCGGUUCUUCUCGGUGCGCGAGGAGUUCCACUCGAUUGCACACACACCCGGUUCUUCCAGGCGCUUUCGCCGCCUUUCUUGGGGAUGUUAGUGGCGCGUCUUCAGUUGCCUUUUGAAAGGAAGAAAAAGUGCGUGCGCUGGGGUUGGGAGGAAGAGAAGGAGGCCUCCUGUCCUGCGCCCCUCGCUCGUCGCCUUUCGAGUUUUCUUGGAGGCUUGUUUGGUCCCAUUUGUGAGAUCGAUGUUGUUCUUAAUGAUGCAGAAUCACGAAAAACAGCUGAAAUAAAAACAGAAGAUGGUAAAAUAGAAAAACAUUAUCUUUUCUAUGAUGGAGAAUCUGUUUCAGGAAAGGUAAACAUAGUCUUUAAACAACAUGGAAAAAGGUUAGAGCAUCAAGGAAUUAGAAUUGAAUUUGUAGGACAAAUUGAGCUUUUCAAUGACAAGAGCAAUACUCAUGAAUUUGUAAACCUAGUGAAAGAACUGGCCUUACCUGGUGAAUUAACACAAAGCAGAAGUUAUGACUUUGAAUUUAUGCAAGUUGAGAAGCCAUAUGAAUCCUACAUUGGUGCCAAUGUCAGAUUGAGGUAUUUCCUAAAAGUGACAAUAGUAAGAAGAUUGUCAGACUUGGUAAAAGAGUAUGAUCUUAUUGUUCACCAGCUUGCAACAUACCCAGAUGUUAACAACUCGAUUAAAAUGGAAGUAGGCAUUGAGGAUUGUCUGCACAUAGAAUUUGAAUACAACAAAUCCAAGUAUCAUCUAAAGGAUGUAAUUGUUGGAAAAAUCUACUUUCUCUUAGUAAGAAUAAAAAUUCAGCAUAUGGAAUUACAACUGAUCAAAAAGGAAAUUACUGGAAUUGGACCCAGUACCACAACAGAGACAGAGACCAUUGCAAAGUAUGAAAUAAUGGAUGGUGCACCCGUUAAAGGUGAAUCUAUUCCUAUAAGACUCUUUUUGGCAGGCUAUGAUCCUACUCCUACAAUGAGGGAUGUGAAUAAGAAGUUUUCAGUAAGAUACUUCUUGAAUCUAGUAUUAGUAGAUGAAGAGGACAGGCGGUACUUCAAGCAACAGGAGAUCAUUCUUUGGAGAAAAGCUCCUGAGAAACUGAGGAAACAACGAACCAACUUCCAUCAGCGGUUUGAAAGUCCAGAACCACAGGCAUCUGCAGAGCAGCCUGAAAUGUGAACUGGGUGUUGGGUGAAAGAACUGUUGAUAGAUCAGCAGGUUAAAGGUGGCAACAGCCUGUAGGGAAGAAGGCCACACCUCCCAUUUCAACCAUCUUCCUCAUCUUACAGUGCUGCAUUUCCCACACUACUAAAACAUUCUCUAAGUUAGCAUUCAAGUGUGUACAUACAUUUAAAAUAAGUGCUUUCUCAAACACUGGAACUUUCUUAAACUAUUUUAUACUGCACAUUUUACUUUUUGUCUGGUGUGAUGCACUCAGAUAUGCAUAAAGCUUAAAAAAUUUGUUCCCAUGCAUGUAGGCUGGUGCAUUUAAGUUUUGCUUAUCAUUGAUGGCAAACUAUAGCAUUUCCUCUUCCUAUACCACAUUCAUAUUGUACAUUCAUCCUCCCUCAUUAUCUGAUGCUUGUAUGCUUGCACUAAUAAAUACCUUGUCCUAAAUGACAAAUUCAGGGUUUAUAAUGGGAUUUUGUCAAUGCAGAUGGGAUAGUUCUCAUACCAUGGUUUUCAGACCUUGUAUCUUUGUGAUGAAUGUGUAUUAUAAGGCAAGCUUCUCUCUCAUUAUUAGCUUUAUAAGAGGUGACUACUCUUCUGAUUCUUUACUUGGCACCUCCAUCCCAAUGACUCUGUUAUCCGAUUACAGUGCCCCUGAAGACUUGUAUGCCCUGAGUUAAAAUAUAUAGAAUUUUUCCAUUCAGCUGUGUUUCAGUGACAUGGGUGUGUGUGAUAAUGUAGCUUUUCCUGAUUACACUGUUGGAAUCUUGGUCACAUGCACAAAACUGAAUUCAAAUGCACACUUCAUCUUACCACCUUCCCUCUAAUACAGGGAAACAUCCAAAUUUUGGUCUCUGAUCUUGUAUAAGAAAACCUGGGCUUGUAGGAAGGUGUGCGUAUGGAAACUAAACUGAAUCCUAAGUAGCUACUGGAAAUCUGUCUAGUAAAACACCCAAUCAUUUUUAUCUUUACCGGUGAGUGAAUUUAGUGUCUUUGGACGAAGUCCAUUUCCAUCUGUCCACAGUUAAGCACAUAGUUUUCUGGAACACGGUUUACUCUGGGCACAACAUGGAACCUGCUGACUUAGAUGGCUACUCACAUUUAUAGUUCGCUUGGCCUAUCUACCAAGAAUGUUUCUAAACUUCAGUGCAAGUGUUAUUGGUUACCUUACUUUAAGAGUAAGAAAUUUCUAAAUUAUACUUCUGUAACAACUGUUUAUUACCAUGGCACUUUGAUAAAACAUUUGGAGAUGCUGCGUGCUGGGAUAUUUCUCUUAAGAUGGAUGCCUGUGACUGAGAGAACUUAACUCCCUCAUGUAAGUGCCUACUCAGAAUUUCAAACAAAAAAAUGCCAAAUAUUUUCAUGGACACUUGCAUGUUGCAAUCUGGAAACUAUUCCAAUAAACUUUUGAAAACUGAUUGUAUUUAGCCAGCCUCAAAUUGUGCAACUAUGUAUAAUAGACAUAAUAAACUGCUAUUUGAAUUAUUAAAAA